AUGACGUUCUGUUCUAUUACAGUCUCAGGAGGAGCAUUAGAGAGUGUUGAAGAUCCUGCAGCUCCCACUGAGAACACAGGAUCAGACGAAGGCGUUUCCAGACGUGAUGAUGAUGUCCAAGAAGCUGAAGAACGUCUGGAGAAGAUCAAGCCUGACGAGGACAACCAUGAUCAAAAGAAACAGCAGCAGAGAAAGAAAUAUAGCCGCAACUUUCUGCUGGACUUUCAGCUGAGCCAGUUAAGUCUGCAGAGACCCAAAGUCCAGCAGCACGUUCCUGAUGUUGUACUGGACAAGCCGCUGCUACAGCACUUGUACCUGAGGGACCAGAUGAAGGAGUCCAAACCCUCAGUUACUAACCUGGACAGCACCGUUCCUGAGCCCGUUAAUGUCCAGGAGGAAAAGAUCAAUGAGGAGAACGUCGCCCUGAAGUCUGACCACUGUGAACAAAAGAAACAGCAGCAGAGGAAGAAAUAUAGCCGUGACUUUCUGCUGGACUUGCAGCUGAAACAGUUAAGUCUGCAGAGACCCAAAGUCCAGCAGCACGUUCCUGAUGUUGUACUGGACAAGCCCCUGCUGCAGCACUUGUUCCUGAGGGACCAGAUGAAGGAGUUCAAACCCUCAUUUGAUAACAUGGAAACCCUUUCUGAGUCUGUUGAAGACCAAGAGAAGAAAAUGGACACAAAGAACAUUUCUAAGCACCCUGGAUCCAAUAAUCUCCCCCAGAAGAUCAGAUAUGAUCGGGAGUUUCUAUUAAACCUACAGAUGACCAGUGCGAGUCUGCAGAAGCCCAAAGUCAUGCUGGACAUCAAGGACGUUGUACUGGACAAGCCACUUAUGGAGCAGUUGACAUUAAGAGACCAGAUGAUUUCCAGAAAGAGUUUCAAACCCCUGAUAAAAAACCCAGACAGUCAGAAAAAAGAAGGUGAACGAAAACUGCCACCCAGGAUGCAAAAUUCUCAGAAAGACCAACAUAAAGAGCAGCACAAAGUCAUUAACAUCUCUCUGAACGAUGACGUGCAGCUUAACAAGGCUGAGAAACCCUGGAAGCCGGCAAUAAAAAAGAGCUGCAGCGAAGUAAAAGAUCCGGAGGCGACUGAGACUCAGGAGCUGUUUCAUAAAGUGUGCAGCAUCCUGAACAAAAUGACACCAGAGAAGUUUCAGCAGCUGAUGAAACAACUCACUGAGCUCCCCAUCAACACAGAGGAGCGUCUCAAAGGUGUGAUCGAGCUCAUCUUUAAAAAAGCAGUUGCUGAGCCCAACUUCUCCACCGUCUACGCCAAACUGUGCAGCGGCCUGAUGGAACUUAAAGUGCCCACAUCAGAGGAUUCAGGAUCCACAGUGAACUUCAUCAAUCUGCUGGUGGGUCACUGUCAGGAGGAGUUCGAGAAGGAGAAGGAUAACCAGCUCCUCCAGAAGAAGCUGACAGAGCUGGAUGAAGCUAAAGAGGAGAACGAGCAGCAGUUAUUAAAAGAAGAGCUGGAGGAGAUUAAGAUCAAAGCUCGCCUCUGUUCCCUCGGAAACAUCAAAUUCAUGGGGGAACUUUAUAAGCAGAAGAUGCUCACGGACCAGUUCAUCCAUGAACACAUCAUGAAGCUGCUGGAGAACAACAACAACAAUGAGGAGAGCUUAGAGUCCCUCUGCAAACUAUUGUCAACAGCUGGAAAGGACCUGGACCUGGACAAUGGAAAGAACCUGCUGGACUACUACUUCAAUCAGUUGGGAACAGUCAUUAAGGAUAGAAGAACCUCUUCAAGGAUUAGUUUUAUGAUCCUGGAUGUUUUGGACCUCAGAAAGAACAACUGGAUUCCCAGGAGGGUCGAUCAGGGCCCCAAAACGAUCGAGGAGGUGCAUAAAGAAGCAGAAUUAGAGAAGAACAGGGAGCAGCUUAAAGUCCAGCACAAGCUGCUUUUAAGAGAAGAACCAGCUCAACAAAGUAAAGGACAGACUGAGAAUAAAAGCUGGAACACAAAGCCUGUGUACACCAGAAAACCACCCAAUGAUGGAUCUCACCGAGGCAAAAUCCCCAAACCUUGUGCCUUUAACAAUGUGGUCGUGACCUCCGGACAAAAGGACUUUCAGAGAAGUUGGACCAACACCAGAAGGUCCGGAGAUGUCAGGUCACACACCCACUUCAGUGGGAAGAGAAAGAACCAGUCAGGUAAUAGAGACGUACAAUGUGUCUCCAACAAAGUAGAGAUUAGAAAAGACAGCACAGAGAGAGCAGUAGUGAAGCGUGAAUGGACUCCAGCACCACCCACUCCUGCCAAAGCCAAUCUGAGUAAAGAGCAGCUGGAGAAGAAAUCAGCGGCUAUUAUUGAGGAAUAUCUGCACAUUCAUGACCUGAAGGAGGCGCUGCAGUGUGUGCAGGAGAUGAACAGCGCGUCUCUGCUCUUCAUGUUCGUACGGAUUGGUGUAGAGACGACACUUGAGCGCAGCGCCACUGAGCGAGGACGUCUGGGUCUCCUGCUGUACCAACUAGUCAGAGAUCGAAUUUUACCAGCUGAGCAGUAUUUCAAAGGGUUCCAGGAAAUUCUGGAGGUAGCUGAAGACAUUGAGGUUGAUAUUCCUCAUAUUUGGCUCUACCUCGCAGAAACAAUCACACCAGUGCUGCAGGAUGAAGGAAUUCCGAUGGCUCGGCUCUUCAGAGAACUGGCUAAGCCACUGGUGAUGAUGGAGAAAGCUGCUACGCUGCUGGUGCAGAUCAUCAACCAGCUGAGUAAGAAAAUGAGCUGUAAACAAGCCCGACGAUCGUGUUAUGAAGCAGGACUCAGCUGGAAGGACUUUCUACCUGAGGGUGAAAAUGUGAAGUCUGUGAAGGAACAGCUGCCUCCAGAAUGGACCACCAUGUAACACCAACUGGAACCCGGACAAUGUAAAAGCAAUAAAUAAAAUAAAAUAAAAUAAAGCUGCUCAGAUUUA